AUGGCACAGCAGACAUCUCAGCAAAAAUUGGCAUUUGACAAGGCCUCAGAGGCUUUAAAGCUUAAUGCCAUCUAUGAGGAAUUGUUCCCAAAGGAUGUAAAGUCUAAAUUUGAUAAAGAUUGUGAAUUAUUGAAUACACAUGAGGGAAUUUAUAAAGGUGUAAAAGCCCUUUGCAGUAAGUUCGGAAGUUCUUUAGAAUAUGCGGCUGAUGAGAGGCAUAGAGAAAAGCAUAAAAAUUAUUGCAAUUAUUUACGUUAUUGGUUAUAUGAUGAAAUAGGAAAAAUCAAUAAAGUAGAUCGCUCGAAUAAAUUAAGUGCUAUACCGUUUGUUGAAGAUCUGUUUACUGCAGUGAAUAAGAUUAAUGGAAAACUUAAUGCAAAUAAGUGUACAUUACCAUUUGACAAAAAUGUUACUUUAGAUGAUUUGAUAAAGCGAAAAAUAUUAUAUAUUUAUUUUAACAAAUAUACUAACAUUAAGAGUAACAUAAAACCCCAGAAUAAGGAUGAAUGUAGUAAUUAUUUUACUUAUCUUACAUAUAUGAAAUCAUUAUAUGACAAAUAUAGGAGAAUGCAUUGUCCAUUUAUUUGGUCUUUAUCUAAUGAAAGUGAUUUCCUUCGUUGCUCAAGCGCGUAUGACCCAAAGGCUCUCUUAUUGAAAGUACAACAAUGCAAACCUGAAGAAACUGGGAGGAGUAGCCCUUCAUUAUGGGAUAUUUUUUUUGGGAGUUCACCAUCUCGAACACCUGCAAAAGGAAGGGAUACGCCAGCCCAAGAACAAGGAAAAGUUGUUGUUGCAAGAAAACCUGCAGAUGUAGAAUCCACAAAAGGUAAAGAUGUAACAUCAGGUCCUACAACGAAUAAAGUUUUAGCAGCAGUAGAAUCUCCCCCAAGAGGAGAACAAACAAGUGAAGUUAAAAGGGUUGAAUCAAGAGAGAUAUCUCAUAAUUCGCAAUCGAAUCAUAUGUUACUGAGUGGAAGUGACGGCAGGCAUAGUGCAACUACAACCGGACAUGUGGUAUUACCUGAGGUCGCUACCGAUUCGUCAGAUUUUAUUGAAAAAACAUAUGAUGUAUUGAAAUCAGAGUAUUUUCGUCACGCAAUUGUAGGUGCUUCAAUAAUUGGAUUUACGCCUAUACAGUCUCAAACAAAUAAAAGGGAAAGGAAGGAAAGAGAACUUGAGAAUAAUUACUAUGAUGAAUACGAAGAAGAAUUACCAAGAUAUGGAUUGCAGCAGUCAUUCGAAGAGUCGCAAAUGGGUGAUGUAUAUUUGUCAUAUGAACCUAGGAGUAGGCGUGAUUCUUAUUACUAA